AUGGAGUCUUUCUUUUCCUAUUUCCUCCCCUCUAGGUUCUACUGUAAGACCCGAAUUGGUGGCCUUCAGGACCAGGAAUGCAUCUCUUGCACAAAGCAAACCCCAGUGUCAGAGGUCCAAUGUGCCUUCAGACUGAGCUCCGUGAAGCUAGAGGUGCCCACGGCACCCCCUCAGGAAGCCACACUCAUGGUGCUAACAAGCAGUGUGCUCAUUGUUUUUGUCCUGGCCCUCAUAUCCUUCGCUGUCUUCUACUGUAAGCGUUUCCUCAAGCGUCAAUUCCGGCAUGGCUUCAUUGGGUCUCCGGACUUUCGGGGGCAGAGAGAACUAUCUCAGACUUCUGAUUAUGCAGGUCCAUGCGCUAGCAGAGAGCUGGGCAUGAAGAAUUUGGGUCCUGUCAUUGAGCAAAAUGGAGCCUUUGACUCAAUAUCGGGUGGCUUCCUAUUUCUAGCCUGCGAGGAUUCGGUGCAAUUCGUGGCUGAUGGCCCCGCAUCCAGAACCGAGGGAAACGAGCAACUUCACCAUUUCCAUCUUAGUCGUGACCCUUAUCCUGGGCAAUUGGUCUGCAAUGCUGCUGCCGCUGCCGCUGACACUCGGGCACUCAUCCACGCUUGCCCGCCUUCUGAGGCCCAAACCGAAUCAUUGGGAAACCCCCCGACACUCCCUUCCUGCGCCUCCGAAACACAGUCGUGCUGGGCCCAUGCUCCCGUUGAGUGCACGGAGCUAGACCUUCACAAGUUUUCGAGUUGCAGCCCUUAUGCCGGUGCAGAAGGGCACAGGGAAGCUGUCAUCUGGGCCAUGCCAGGGGGUACCGGAGAUAGAAUGGGGUUCACCCCUUCAUUAUACUGCUUAGAGGGAAAGUCUCCUACACCAGAUUCUUCCUUUAAGGUCUCUUCGGCCAAAAAUGGCCACAUGUCCUGGUAAAACUGUCAAAGCCACCACCUACUGGACUUCAAGCCCCAGUAUUGAUGACUUGUUCCGUAUCUGCUCUGUAAGCCUGGGGAGGGUGUGCAAACGUGGCUCCCCAGGCUUC